AUGGUAACCUUUAGUUGCGACCAAUGUGCCGACGUUAUAAAGAAGCCCAAACUAGAUCAGCACAAAAACGUGUGCCCAAGCGCGGUUUACACGUGCCUUGAUUGCUCUAAAACUUUUAGUGGAGCUACCUAUAAGAGCCAUACAAGCUGCAUAAGUGAAGCAGAGAAAUAUCAAAAAGGGAUGUUCAAGGGAAAAAAGCAGCAGCAACAAUCUCCCAAUAAAUCAAAUCAAAUAUCAGUGAGCACGUCAAACGAGAAAUCUUCUAGUAAAAAAAACAAACCGCCAAAAGAACAAACUCAAAUUACCCAAAAUGAAUCCGGUCAAACACCACCAAGUUCACCAAAAAAGCUAACACCAAAUAAGUCAAACCUAACGCCAACAGGUUCACCGAAAAAGCAAACUCCAGAUAAGUCCGAUCAAAUGCCAAAAAGCUCACCGAAAAAGCAAACUUUAAAUAAGUCUGAUCAAAUACCAGUCGUCCAAGAAAUGAAAAAUAGUGAACAAGUUGAAACGAAUAACAAUGUUGGAGGUUUGAAAAAGAAAAGAAAUAAAAAUACAUCAGCCAACAAAGAUGAAUCUAUAAAUAAAGAUGAUAAGAACAAAGAAGAAAAGAACAAAUCUCAACGAAAAUUUGAACAUAAAAUUAAUAAUAGAGAGAAAAAUAAAAUUAUUGAUGAAGGAGAUUUAUCAGUUAAUAAACUAACUUUCGAGAAUAAUAAAUCUCAAAAGGCUGACAUUGACAAUAAAGAUUCAAAGAAGCGAAAAGCCGAAGAUCAAACGGAUGAUAAGCCCGAUGAAAUUUCUGGCAAAAAUUCAAAGAUGGAGAAAUCAAAAUCUCAGUCAGUUAAAGAAAAAAAAGACUUGAAUAAUCCUAAUUCUAACAUAAUUACAAAACCUACCAAAAAUGGAACCAAUGGAACAAAUAAUAAUAAAAGAAAAGCCAAUGAAAUAGAUGUUGCUGAAACUUUAAAAGGCAAUAAGCAAAAUACUGAGGAAGUUAAGAACAAAAAGAAAAAGAAAAAUCUCGAAAAUAAAACAGGAAAGGGUAAUGAGAUCGCAAAAAUUGAUUACAAACUUGCCAUCCCCGAAGCAUUAAAAAAAAUUUCGAAAGUAAAAAAGAAUAAACAAAUAUCACUUAAACAAUUAGAAAAGUUGGUGAUUAAUCAAUUUAAUUCUGAUCCUAAAAAUACCGACAGUGCUGAGGAAUUGCAUCAGCAAUUUAUCGAGAACAUUAAAUUUGUUUGCAAAGAUGGAAAUUUUGUAUUAGAAUAA